GAGACGACAGAAGAGUUGAAUGGAGAGGUGGGCUUUCGGAGAUGCGCGCAAGGACCAACAAGCGAGUAUAAGAAGGAGUGGAGGACCGUCGCGACGCAUCAUUCGUCCCCCAGAAGUGACCAGAACAAAUAAUUCGAAUCAUCCCCCUUUUCCAUUAACUUGAUAGUGAUCAAACAGCAGCGCGAUCAUGUACCUGCGCCUAAUCGUGGCUGUGUGCACCCUGGGAUUAGCUAAUUCCAAGUUCAUAACCCCCGAUGGAUUUCCAUCGCUCCAGCAACAGAUGCCCUAUGAGUUCAUGGAGAAUGCUGACUUCAAUGGCUACAAUUUCAAGGGCACGACGAGAGUCGUUCCUCAAGACAUACCAAUAUCAGAUUGCAUAUUCAUGACGUCAGAGACUGGCAGAUUUACUUAUCAAGCGAUGAACGACGAUGCAACGGUCUGCGGUGUAUACUUCCUCACGGACCCUGACAAAAUCCUGGAAUUGAAUUUUCUGUCCUUGGACGUACCGUGUGAACAGCAUGGCCUUGUCUCGGUCGUAGACGGUUGGGAAUUGAAUGGCGAACUUUUCCCGUCACCGAUGGAUCAUCCUCUUCCAUUGAAAGAGCGUUUUGACGAGUUUUGCGGCAAACGCGUAUCGAAGACUUACGUCAGCUCGCAGAAUGCAAUCCUGAUACAGCAUAGAAUACCCGUCAGGGGCAAGGGUUUCUCGGUUUAUGUGAGAAGCCGUGGAAAUCCAACUCCAUGUAACGUGCUUGCUAACAGUACCGCCGAUACAUUCACUCUCCGAAAUUACGAACGGCAACUUAAUUGCACCCUGACGGCUAUUUAUCCGGCGGUUGUGAGACUCAUAGCCCUUGAUGUUGGUGGGAGAAGGACGAGACCACCAAUCAGACAAAUGGAAACUGGCACCGUUCACGACUGUAAUAAACGCGGUUUACGGGAUGAAGUGCUAAUUGGAGGGAGUUCUGGACUGGACACAACAAAAAUGGAAGUGGUUGACUCAAUAUGCGGUGUUGAUUCAAAACCUGAUGCAGCCUCGACAAUAAUUGGAUGCGAAGUGACGUCGGUGAGGCUUGUAUCCAGUGGUUUAUUUGACAACUCUGUUACUGUGAUGUUCCGACCGGCCGAGGACGAUGAAAUACUAGCUGCAAAUGUCAUUUGUGGAUUGUAAUGGAUGUACCUGUGUAUCGGUAUGUGUAAUUAACCAUUGCACCCAUGACUUUCUGAGGAAAUAAAUGGUCAUGCAAACGAUGAGCGCUUGUCCCUGAGAGAAAUCUGUGUUUUUGACAUUCGGAGCCAUAUGCAGCCCAAAUCUGGAUUAUGUGAUCUCAAAUUAUGAUGUGCAGCUGGUUCCUCACCCUAUACAACCGGAUUUUCGCCCUUAUUAUUUGCAAGCUCUGAGGUGAUGAGAUGGGCGGAAAUAUUGUCUCUCUUGGUGUUAAAAAUGAAAAUAACCAAUAUUGAUGUAAAACUUUUGGUAAAUACGGUGUAUAUACCCUCCAGGUAUAUGUUACCUUUUAUUUUCAACUACCAAUUAUCGUUUUUAUUGUUGUCAUGGGUAUGUAAUAGAUUAAUAUGAUUUAAUUUGAUGA